UUUGUAAGAUAUUCUUUUUUUACAAUUUACCCCAAGAACUAUAAUUAAUUCAAAAUGACCGUAAAAAAAAUGUCGGAAAUGCGAAGGCUGUAUGCAGUUCAAUAUGCGAUAUUAAACAUGACUUUAGAGAUGGCUUAGUGACCUUUUGUUUGGAGAGUCAAAUAACGUGCCCCUUUGGCAAAUUAAAAUGUCAAAAUCGGAUUUACCUCCAGCCUACGAAGAUGCCCUACAUAGCCCCCGACAUGGCAACUACCCGCCGGCUCCCCCGUAUGGUUUACCUGCCUGGGGUAGUUCACCACAACCGCCAGCCUAUGGACCGUACCCUGCUCAGUCCUCUGCUCAUUACCCAGGUCAGGCAGGGUACCCUCAAGGCUACCCACCAGCUGGGAUGCCCUACUCCAUUCCCCUGGGAAUGCCCACCUCCAACCCAGUUGAAGACGAUGGAUUUCAAUCUGGUCACGUAUGGGAAAGCACAUCUAUUCGACAUGCAUUCAUCAGAAAAGUGUACUUAGUUUUGGCUGCUCAGCUCAUUGUUACUGUGUCAGUUGUGGCUGUGUUUACGUUUGUGGAUGAAGUGCGCGUGUUUGUCAUUAGAAAUCCAGCACUGUAUUGGACAUCAUUCGUUGUAUAUUUUGUCACUUAUUGCAUUCUUGUCUGCUGCAAAGGGCCAAGGAGACGCUUUCCUUGGAACUUUGUGCUGUUGGCCCUUUUUACCCUGGCCAUGUCCUAUAUGACAGGAACAAUAUCAAGUUACUAUGACACAAAAGCAGUGUUUAUCACCAUUGGAAUAACAGCAACAGUGUGCAUAGUUGUCACCAUCUUCUGCUUUCAAACUAAGGUGGAUUUUACAUCUUGUGGGGGACUUUUCUGUGUUCUUGCCAUUGUAGUCAUGGUUACUGGGAUCAUCACAGCCAUCGUACUGUCUUUCAAAUACGUCCCAUGGCUUCACAUGCUCUAUGCGGCAAUUGGAGCUGUUGUUUACACUCUGUUUUUAGCCUACAACACCCAGCUUCUCAUUGGAAACCGUGAGCUUUCCCUCAGCCCAGAGGAGUAUGUUUUUGGUGCGCUCUCACUGUAUGUUGACAUUGUCCAGAUCUUCAUUUUCCUCUUACAACUAGUUGGAGUUUCCUCAGACUAAAAGUAGGAGGAUCACUUAUAACCAAAUGUGGUUCAUAAUAACAUUGUAUGUAUUCACUCAAACUAUUUCUGAUGUAUAUGUUAAAUUAACAAUAUAUAUUUAAUGAAAUCUUACUUUUCAUACCAUUAACAUGGUAACAUUGUGAGUGUGGCACACUUUUAGUAUUACGAUUGCUACAUAUUUACAAUAUGUGAUUUGAAAACGUAUUAGUGCAAAAUGCAUACAUGCUUGUCUGAAUGACAUUUGAUUUGACUUACAGAUUAAAACGAUACUUGUGUGUCCUUAAGUUACACUUUUUCCUAAACCAUAAGAAUGUAGAACAUUAACUGUUAAUUUUCAAUCCAUUAUGUCAAAGCGGCUCAAUAAACUCUGUCCUUGUAUGCAUCCAUUGGAGCUAUAUUUAAAAUGUGCAGUCUAUUCUAACCUCACUCAUUAAAAGGAAAUGUGUAAGUGAUCCCUUGAAUGUUUCCCGAGUUAUAGUAGAUUCUGAUUGUCAGACCCUUGCCUUAAUCAGGACACAUCUCUGAAAGUUGCUAUUGCCCUUCAGUUUGUAAAAAAGCAAUUAUUCCAUCAGGACUUAAUUACAACCCAAUCACUGAACUCUCAAAAUCAAAAUGACAGAGGUGGAAAGUAAAGAAAAAUGAAUGUCUCUUAUACAGCUUUUCAGUGUUCAGACUUUCACAAAACCUUGCCUCUAGUUGAUUUCCCUACUGAUUCUUUCAGGUGCGAUGUCACAUGGCAGUUUUUGUGGAAAAAAUGUCAUAUUGUAAUGGGGCAGCAGAUAGCUUGAUGGCGUGCUGGGCUAAUAACUGGUAGGGGGGAAAAAAAUAGGACACUGUGCCUUUGAGCAAGGCAUUAACUUUUAUUGGUCCUUUAAGUCAUUCUGGAUGAGUGUCUGCUGAAAUGACUAGAUGCCACCGUAAUCCCAAAAAUGUUUCAGACAUGAGAU